UCGACGGAGAAGUCGAGGUGGUAGAAAAUAUAGGACAACGCAGAAGGCGGACAGACAGUGCGAAGCGGUGAUUGCGCGAGAACGGUUGUGCUCAGUUCUUCUAAAUUGGACCGUGCACGUACAGACACCUACCAACCAAUCUACCUCUGUUCACAACCAACAUCAUCCAGACACAAACAAACAGACAUCCAUCUACAAUAGCCAAGAUGAAGAGGUCGAUGGUUGCGGUAUCCGCUGCGGUAUCGCUGAUCCUUUUGGUCCUGAUCGAAAACGGUGGCGCGGUUCGCGUGGGCGGAAAGAAGAAAGUCAAUGAUCAAUCGACGUCUGCAUCCUGGUGGCAGCACGAUGCCAUCAACCCAGCCGAUCUCGGAGACCAAACGGACUUCUUCUCAUCCACCCAUGGAUUAGCUCAAACCCAUCCGGCUUUGAACCCUGGCUCAGUCCGGUAUUCAGCCGGAAACCGUAAGAGGCCUAACUCAGGUUCCAGUGUCUUCAAGCACUUGGACUUCAGGACUUCGGCUACCGCUGAAUUGAGGAAGAAUCCAUCUCUUUCCGCUCCCGAUGAGUGCGCUAGAGCUUGCAGAGAAGGCGAACCACCAAGGAUUUGCUAUUACCAUUUCACGUUGGAAUUCUACACCGUACUUGGAGCGGCUUGUCAAGUCUGCACUCCGAACGCAACCAACACCGUCUGGUCCCAUUGCCAAUGCGUAUUAGCUGAUGGUGUGGAAAGAGGUAUUUUGACAGCCAACAGGAUGGUACCUGGACCAAGUAUUCAAGUGUGCGAAGGCGAUAAAGUAGUCAUCGAUGUUGAGAACCAUUUGGAAGGUAUGGAGGUAACUCUUCAUUGGCACGGAAUCUGGCAGAGAGGAUCCCAAUACUACGACGGUGUACCAUUCGUAACUCAAUGCCCAAUCCAGCAAGGAAACACGUUCAGGUAUCAAUGGGUUGCUGGUAAUGCCGGUACUCACUUCUGGCACGCUCAUACCGGUCUUCAGAAGAUGGACGGUCUCUAUGGCAGCGUUAUUGUAAGACAAGCUCCAUCGAAGGAUCCGAACAGCCACCUCUACGAUUACGAUUUGACCACGCACGUUAUGCUCUUGAGCGAUUGGCUCCAUGAAGAUGCCGCUGAAAGAUUCCCAGGAAGACUCGCUGUUAACACUGGACAAGAUCCAGAAAGCAUGUUGAUCAACGGAAAAGGACAAUUCAGAGAUCCCAACACCGGUUUCAUGACAAACACUCCACUCGAAGUAUUCACCAUCACUCCAGGCAGGAGAUACAGAUUCCGUAUCAUCAACUCCUUCGCCUCGGUUUGUCCAGCUCAGCUCACCAUUCAAGGGCAUGAUUUAACGCUGAUCGCUACCGACGGUGAACCCGUCCAUCCAGUUACCGUGAACACGAUCAUUUCCUUCUCUGGUGAAAGAUACGAUUUCGUUAUUAACGCCGAUCAAACAGCCGGAGCUUACUGGAUCCAAUUGCGUGGAUUGGGAGAGUGCGGAAUCAAGAGGGCCCAGCAGUUGGCCAUUCUUCGUUACGCCAGAGGCCCAUACCAACCAAGCACUACUGCUCCAACCUACGAUGUCGGCAUUCCUCAGGGUAUUGUAUUAAAUCCUUUGGACGCGAAGUGUAAUGAGCAAAGGGCUGACGCGAUUUGCGUGAACCAGCUUAAAAAUGCUAGGGACAUAGAUCGCGGCAUCCUGCAGGAAAGGCCCGAUAUCAAGAUCUUCUUGCCUUUCCGAUUCCACGUCUACUCGCCCGAAGAUCUCUUCGCACCGAACACCUACAACAGACAUCUGAUCGCUCCAAACGGAGAUCACGUAAUUAGUUUGAUCGAUGAGAUCUCGUACAUGUCUCCGCCGGCGCCUCUGCUCUCGCAGUACGACGAUGUCAAUCCGGAUCAGUUCUGCAACGGCGACAAUAGACCUGCCAACUGCGGCCAGAACUGCAUGUGCACCCACAAGAUCGACAUACCUUUGAACGCAGUCGUCGAGGUCGUCCUUGUCGAUGAAGUCCAACAAACCAACUUGAGCCAUCCGUUCCAUCUCCACGGAUACGCCUUCAACGUGAUCGGUAUCGGCAGAUCGCCGGACAGAAACGUGAAGAAGAUCAACCUGAAGCACGCCUUGGACCUUGACAGACAGGGUCUUCUCCACAGGCAAUUCAACUUGCCACCGGCGAAGGACACCAUCGCCGUUCCCAACAACGGCUACGUAGUUCUGAGAUUCAGGGCGAACAAUCCCGGCUUCUGGCUGUUCCAUUGCCAUUUCCUUUUCCACAUUGUGAUAGGCAUGAACCUUGUUCUUCAGGUCGGCACACACGCCGAUCUUCCGCCUGUACCACCAGGCUUUCCUACAUGCGGUGACCACGUCCCCGAAAUCUCCCUAGACGUUAAUAAGAUUUAAAUACUAAAAGAAAAAACUCAAUUUGAUAAGCAAAAAACAAAACAAU